AUGGCACCAGAAUAUGCUUUCAAUGGCCUCUUCUCAACGAAAUCAGACGUAUUUAGCUUCGGUACAUUGAUGCUUGAAAUUUUAAGUGGAAAGAAAAGUAGAGACCUUUACGGUAAAGAUAGCAUUCUCAACCUCAUCGGAUUGGCAUGGAUCUUGAUGAAAGAAGACAACACAUUUAAGCUCAUCGACAAGUGCUUGUUGAAAGAUUCACACGACAACAUGAAAGAAGCAUUGCGUUGCAUCCACAUCGGCCUUUUGUGUGUGCAACAAAAACUGGUUGAUAGGCCUAAUAUGUCUACCGCUGUUCUUAUGUUAAGUGAUAAGAGUGUGUUGCCUCAACCUAAACCGCCAGCCUAUUUCACUAACACAAAUUUGCGGGAGGGAGAUCAUUCUUCCUCGCCUAAGCCCCCAUCAUGCAAUACAAGUAUAAUAAUUGUCGAGGCGCGAUGA